AUGUCCGUGCGAGAGAAAGAAGCGGGAGAUUCGGUUGACUACCCGCACAGCGAUGGUACAUUGGGCAAGAAAAAGCGCUCAACCUCGGAGACUGUCGAGUACCCUCGAAGACGAGCAACAAUAGCUUGUCAGAUAUGCCGACUGCGCAAGACUAGAUGCAACGGGGCUCGGCCCAAGUGUCAACUGUGUUCCGACUUGAAUGCUGAAUGUGUGUACAGAGAGCCAGGGAUCAAACUUGAUGCCGGAGACAAGUUGAUACUUGAUCAACUGACUCGCAUUGAGAGCCUGCUUCACUCGAGUCUCACAACUCAGCCGCAUGCCGCCUUCUCAACCACUUCGCCGGCCACCAGCCACGAUACCAACAUUGGCAGCGAUGACACAUUGACCAGAAGCUCUGGGUUGCCAGCCCAUGGAAGAUUGUCGGCUGUGGGACUUGGAUCUUGGGUUAACCCACCUGCUAGUAUCAGCAUCUCCACCAUGCCAAAAAUGCAUACCACCCCAGCUCUUCAUCUUCUCCGGUGGCCUUUGAUUCGAGAUUUGGUCCCGGAGGGCCAUGAUCCACAACAUCUGCUUCGGCUGGAAAUGGCUCGUGAGCCCCUGCGGCUGACUCCGAACUCGGGCUUUGAUCUGACCAAUGCAUCUACGUAUGCCCAGGCCUUCUUCAACCAUGGCAAUGUUUGGUAUGCCUGCGUGAAUCCUCAUACUUGGAAUCAGUACUAUCAAUCGGCGUUGGCACAGGGAUUUCAAGGAGGGCCGAUGAGCUGCCUUGUUCUCCUAGUGUUGGCUCUUGGGAGCGCCGGCCACAGCGGCAGUAUUUCGUUUGUACCGGCCGAUCAUGAACCGCCAGGGCUUCCCUAUUUUGCUGCUGCAUGGAGCUUUCUGCCAUCGGCCAUGAUGCAGAAUACUGUUGUGGCGGCACAGUGCAUGGUGCUGGCUGCUGCCUAUCUCUUUUAUUUGGUGCGACCUCUGGAGGCUUGGACCCUGCUGUCCAACGUGAGCCUGAAAUUACAGUUGUUGUUCGGCAGCCCAGACCGGAUUCCCGACCAAUGGCGAGAACUGAGUGUCAGGGUCUAUUGGAACGCUCUGCUGUUUGAAAGUGAUCUUCUAGCAGAGCUGGAUCUCCCCCACUCCGGCAUCGUCAACUUUGAGGAAGUAGUAGAUCUGCCGGGGGGAUUCGAGGAAGAGGAGAAAGAUGAAGACGGGGCGGAGAGAGAACGAACGGAACAGGGUGGGACUAGGAAGCACCCGGGCUCCUCGCGCCCGCCGGAUUCCCAGCUUGCCAUUCGGCAUGACGAGCUCUGGUACUUUUUGGCCGAGAUCGCGUUACGAAGAUUGUUGAACCGCGUCAGUCAUAUUAUCUACCAAAAGGACAGCACACACACGCUCUCGACAUUGGGUCCGAUCGUCUUCGAGCUUGACUUUCAGCUGUCUCAAUGGUAUGAUAGUCUACCUCAACCAAUUCAAUUUCCAUUGACAUCGCCCCCUCUUUCCAACCCAGUUCAGACCGUGCUCAGGCUGCGCUACAACGCAUGUCGCACUAUCAUAUAUCGCCCUUAUAUUCUGGCGGUCUUCGAGAACGAACAGGCUGGAUCGGAUGCUGGAGUGAAAGAGUGCUGCCGGCGAUGUCUCGACGCUACAAUCCGUCAAUUGGAGCAUAUCGCUAGUCACCGUGAGGGUCAUCUUCCAUACCUUUGGCAGGGUGCUCUCUCUAUGGUCUCACAGACACUACUGAUCAUGGGUGCUUCUAUGUCCCCGAUCCUUUCGGGCCUCCUUCCGCCUGCACCAAGAACCGAUGCUAUCAUCGCGGGUGUCGUCUCAGAAGUCGAGAGAUACGCUCAUCUAGCACCCAGCUUGAAAUUAUCGGCUGAAAUAAUUCGAGACGCGGAGCGGCGGAGACGAAGUCGUCUUCGGUCAGCGAGUCAAUGCCUUUAA